CAUACUUCGCCCUUUGCUCUCACUCGCAUUCAUCUUCAUCCUCACCCGUACAGAAACAGAAACAGCACUAUCUUCUUCUCUCAUUUUUUCAUUUUUUUUCACACGCAUUUCCUCUUUAACAACACAUACAUACAACCAUGGCUGAAGCAACCGGAAAAGCUGUUGGUAUCGAUCUCGGAACCACCUACUCUUGCGUCGCCGUCUGGCAGAACGACCGUGUCGAGAUUAUCGCCAACGAUCAGGGUAACCGCACCACCCCAUCCUAUGUCGCCUUUACUGACACGGAGCGUCUCAUCGGUGAUGCCGCCAAGAACCAGGUCGCCAUGAACCCAGUCAACACCGUCUUCGAUGCCAAGCGUCUCAUCGGUCGCCGUUUCGACGACAAGGAUGUCCAGUCCGACAUGAAGCAUUGGCCCUUCAAGGUCAUCGAUAAGGGCACCAAGCCCUAUAUCCAAGUAGAGUACAAGGGGGAGAAGAAGGACUUCACCCCCGAGGAAAUCUCUUCCAUGGUCCUCACCAAGAUGCGCGAGACCGCCGAGGCUUACCUCGGCACCCCCGUCAACAAUGCCGUCGUCACUGUGCCCGCCUACUUCAACGACUCUCAGCGUCAGGCCACUAAGGAUGCUGGUAUGAUUGCCGGAAUGAACGUCCUUCGUAUCAUCAACGAGCCCACUGCUGCCGCAAUUGCCUACGGUCUAGACAAGAAGACCACUGGCGAGAAGAACGUCCUCAUCUUCGAUCUCGGUGGUGGUACCUUCGAUGUUUCACUCCUGACCAUCGAGGAUGGCAUUUUUGAGGUCAAGGCCACCGCUGGUGACACCCACUUGGGAGGCGAGGAUUUCGAUAACCGCCUUGUCAACCACUUUGUCCAGGAGUUCAAGCGCAAGCACAAGAAGGACCUCUCUGGCAACCCUCGUGCCCUCCGUCGUCUUCGCACAGCUUGCGAACGUGCUAAGCGCUCACUCUCCUCGUCCGCCCAGACCUCGAUCGAGAUCGACUCGCUCUUUGAGGGUAUUGAUUUCUACACUUCCUUGACCCGUGCUCGUUUCGAGGAGCUUAACCAAGAUUUGUUCCGCAACACCAUGGAGCCUGUCGAGAAGGUCCUCCGCGACUCCAAGAUCGACAAGGGUCUCGUUGACGAGAUUGUCCUCGUCGGCGGCUCGACCCGUAUUCCAAAGAUCCAGAAGAUGGUCUCUGACUUCUUCAACGGCAAAGAACCCAACAAGUCCAUCAACCCCGAUGAGGCCGUCGCCUACGGUGCUGCCGUCCAGGCCGCCAUCUUGACCGGUGACACCUCUGAGAAGACCCAGGACCUUCUCUUGCUCGAUGUCGCUCCACUCUCUCUUGGAAUUGAGACCGCUGGAGGUGUCAUGACCGCCCUGAUCAAGCGCAACACUACUGUCCCCACCAAGAAAUCCGAGACCUUCUCGACGUAUGCCGACAACCAACCUGGUGUGUUGAUCCAGGUCUACGAGGGUGAGCGUGCUCGCACCAAGGACAACAACUUGCUCGGCAAGUUUGAGCUUACUGGUAUUCCCCCAGCUCCCCGCGGUGUUCCCCAGAUCGAGGUCGUGUUUGACAUUGAUGCGAACGGUAUUUUGAACGUCUCUGCCUCGGAGAAGGCUACCGGCCGCGCCAACAAGAUCACGAUUACGAACGAUAAGGGCCGUCUGUCGAAGGAGGAUAUCGAGCGCAUGGUUUCUGAAGCUGAGAAGUACAAGGCUGAGGACGAGGCCGCGACUGCUCGUAUCCAGGCCAAGAACGGUCUCGAGUCAUUCACGUUCAACAUCAAGAACUCUCUCAGUGACGAGAAGGUCGGAGGCAAGCUCGAUGCCGCGGACAAGAAGACUUUGGAGGAUGCAUGCCAGGAGGUCAUCACCUGGUUGGACGGCAACCAGGAGGCGGAAAAGGAGGAGUUUGAGGCCAAGCAGAAGCAUCUCGAGGAGAUUUCGAACCCGAUCAUGAUGAAGAUCUACGGCGGUGCCGGUGCACCUCCUCCAGCUGGUGCUGCCCCUGGUGGCUUCCCUGGUGACGGCGGCUCUGAGCCCACGAUCGAGGAGGUCGACUAAAGACGCGGGCAAGCACUGCACUCUUCAUCUCCACUUUGUCUCUUGCUCUACUGCACCCAAUUCGACUUGUAUAUUUGCUCAAACACCCUUCGCCAACCAACCAUGAGGAAAAAAAAGAAAAAAAAAAUAGGUCUUGCAUGUAGUUUUUCUCUGUAAAUAAUAAAAAGGAAGAAAAAUUGCGAGACACGGCUCCUAGAUGUUGACUAUCAUUAUUAUGCAAAUGUCUUCAAAAUAAAAUAGGUUGUAUUUUGAUUUUUUUUUUUUUUUUUUCCUUACUACUCG